AUGAUCACCCAUCUUCCACCCCCCGGCCACCACACCCUGACCACCACCAUCCCCCCCCCUGCACCAAACCCCCACCACCACUAUCCCAGCGCUGGCACUGCUCCCAUCCGCCCCAGGUCACCCAUCUUCAUCCCGGGCACAGCACCCCCACCACCACCAUCCCCGCCCCUUCCCCCGCGGGCACCACACCACCACCACCUAUCCCCCACGGCACUGCAACCCCCACCACCAUACCCCCCAUCCCCAGCCCCCUCAGCCACUGCACCCCCACCAUCCCCCACCACCGUGCCCCCCACCACCACCACCUCCUGGUCCCCCCCGCCAUCCACACCCCCGCCCCCCACCGCCAUCCCAGCCCCUCCACCCUGCCACCGCACCCCACCGCCACCACCCAUCCCCAGGGCCCCCUGCCACAGCACCCCCCUAACCACCAUCCAUGGACCCCUGGCCACCACACCCUCACCACCACCAUCCAGGGCACCCCCCCACCCACCGCACCCCCCGCCACCACCAUCCCAGCCCCCCACCCAACCCAACCCCACUGCAUCCCUACCACCACCAUUUCAGUCCCCUCGCCACUGCACCCCACCAACACCAUCACCCCCCGCCACCGCACCCCCACCCCCACCCCCCCCAUCCCUGGCCCCCCCCUGCCACUACACCCCACCACCACCAUUCCCCCACCAUCUCACACACCACCACCUUUCCUUGCCCCUUCCCCCACCACCACCAUCCCCAGUCCCCCCCUGCACCACACCCUACCAUCCCCACGGCCCCCCACCACCGCACCCUCACCACCACCAUCCCCUGCCCUCCCGCCACCACACCCCACCACCACCAUCCCCUGCCCCCACCAACACACCCCACCACAACCAUCCCUGGCCCCCUCGCCACGACACCACCACCACCAUCCCCAGCCCCCCAGCACCGGACCCCCACCAGCACCAUCCCUCCCUGGUCCCCCGCCGUCCAGGACCACCCACCACCACACCAACCCCAUCCCCCAAGCGCCGUGACCGCUCACACCACCCACCCCAGCGCCGCGACUUCCCACCACCACCACCACCACCACCACCACCCACCCCAGCGCCGCAACCACUCACCACCACAAUACCACCUCCACCACCCACCCCAGCGCCCGACCGCCCACUACCACCAUCACCACCACCACCACCACUCCCCACGCCGGGACCGCCCACUACACACCACCCCACCACCACCACCACCUUACCACCAGUGCCGGGACCGCCCACCCACCACCACACCACCACCCCACCCCUAGCCCCAGUUGUCCGCCACCCUCACCACCACCACCACCACCACCCACCCCAGCGCCGGAUCGCCACUCACCACCACCACCACACCCACCCCAGCGCCGGAUCGCCCCCACUCACCAGCCACCACCACCACCACCACCCCCUUCCCCGGGCCUACCACCACCACACCAGCGCUGGGACCGCCAACCACCACCACCACCACCACCCCCUACCAAACCCCCUUCCGGGACCGCCCACCACCACCACCAACCCCAGCACCGGGACCGCCCACCACCACCACCACCAACCCCAGCGCCGUGACUGCCCACCAUCAACCUCAGCGCCGAGACCGCCCAACCACACCCAAACCCAGCACCUUUCGCCCACCUCACCACCACCACCCCCCAUCCCGCGCCGGGAUCCGCCCUCACCACCACCACCCCACCCACCCCAGCGCCGGAUCGCCACUCACACCACCACCACCACAACCACCCUCCCCAAGCGCCCUGGGACCGCCCUCCAUUACCACCACCACCAUGACCCACUCCCUGCGCCGGGACCGCCCGCCACCACCACCACCACCACCAACCCCACUGCCGGGACCGGCCACCACCACCACCAACCCCAGCGCUGGGACCCGCCCACCACCACCACCACCAACCCCAGCGCCGUGACUGCCCACCAUCAACCUCAGCGCCGAGACCGCCCACCACCAAACCCAGCACCUUGGCCGCCCACCACCACCACCAACUCCAGCGCCGGGACCGCCCACUACCACCACCAACCCCAGCGCCGGGACCGCCCACCAUCACCAUCAACCCCACCCAGCACCUCCGGGACCGCCCGCCCACCACCACCACCACCAACCCCUCCAGCGCCGCCUGCCCACCACCACCAACCAACCCCAGCGGCCGUGACCAGCCACCACCACCACCCCGCGCCAGCCCGCCAGGGACGCCCACCACCACCACCAACCCCAGCGCCGGGACCGCCCACCACCACCACCAACCCCAGCGCCGGGACCGCUCCACCACCACCACCAACCCCAUGCUCCGGGACCCCGCCCUUCCACCACCACCAACCUCCGCGCCUGGACCCCAGCCCACCACCACCACCAACCCCAGGCUCCAGGGACCGCCCUCCAACCACCACCAACCCCAGCUCCCGGACCGGGGGGGGGGGACCCCUCACCACCACCACCAACCCCAGCGCCGGAUCUCCUGCUCCCAACCACCACCACCAACCCCAAGACAGCCGCCGGGACCGGGCCUCCACCACCAACCACCAACCCCCAGCCCGGACCGCCCACCACCAACCCAAGCGCCUGGACCGCCCACCACUAAGACAACCACCAACCCCUGUACCGCCCACCACCACCACCAACCCCAGGCCUGGCAUCGCCUGUCUCUCCCCACUCCUUCCCACCACCAAACCAAGCUUCUUCCUCAUCACGCGUUUAUUCUUCUUCUUCGACUGUCUUACGUUCUCCUUCCUCUUCUUGUAUUUUACGUCCCAAGCUUUGUUCUGGCUCCACGUCUUCAUUGUUCUUGCUGGCCAGUCUUGCUUCCAUCCUCCUCUGCUUGAUUCAAAUGAUGGUGCAUCGCACUUGCCCCUUCAGUUGCAGCUGUCGUAA